GUUGUUAUUUUGACAGCCCAAAUGCAUUUUGAGACGACCCCUCAUCGACUCUUCAACUUUGAAGACCAUGUAUAGCCAGUGCUGUCUGAACAUGGCGAGCUGAACUUUCGUAUGGGGCAGGGGACCUCCAUAACCUACGUAACUAUAGAAACUGGCCAUCUGCAGAGGGGAUUUACAAGAACAGGGGAGAUAACUCAGUAAAGACAAGAAGAACUACUGUCUUACAACAACAACUUUUACCAUACAAGCUACGGCUCAUUUGAUAUGGCAAAUAUGAGUUUUAAUGAUGGAGCGGAACUGUUCCUUGAUAUACUUACAAAGGAGGAGAAGGAAGCCCUCCUUACACAGAAAAUGCAGGCCAUUCGGAAAAAGAAUGACAUACUGCGAAUUAGACAUGAGGAGAUUCAGGCCGACAAGUGGAAUUCUGGACCCAUGUCAAGACCAAAUGAGACUGGUGUACAGUCUCAGCCCCUAAAACAGACACAGGAACGUCCCCAGAGAGGGACACAGUCUCCUAAAAAGGAGAUUAAGCCUCAUAAUGGAGAGGACAAUAGAUGGAGAGACAACAAGGACCGCUCAGAGAAAUCCCCAGAGAAGAAGGCCCCUAAAUCUGCCGCAGGACGCGGCAAACAGCUCGCUCGUAUGAGCAAAGAAAAACUCAAAGCUCAGGAGGACAGGACCCAUGCUCGCCCAGAGGAUAUGAGAAUCUCUAGGUCACACAGUGAUGUUGGACAGUCGAGAACCAUAUCCUUGCAUGACGGGUAUCAGCCUUUUCGAAGGCAGGGAUCCCGAGAAAGUUCUGGGUCCGAGGGGAAGGGAAACGAACAAAAGGAAUUUGAUUCGAGAAUUUUUCGUCGAAACCCGGAUAAGCAGGUGACCUUUCAGGAUGAAAGACAAGAUUCCCCACCCAGAAUGCAGCACAAUAGAGAUGGCAUGCAGCCAUACAGACGUCCCAACCAGCGACAGAAUCGCAGAAGUUGGGACAACGAUAUCGAGAAUCAGUUACCUCCAGAAUUUAUGAACAAUCCACUUUUACGAAAUUCAGGCGGACGUGGUGCUUUUAAUCACCAGAAUCAAGGAGAUAGAAAUGAUCACCAUUGGGAUCAGCAUGAUGGUCGUUCUCAGCAACAUGGUCGAAAUGAUCGCAACUGGGGACAUAGUGAUGGUGGUCAGCGUGAUAGAAAUUACCAAAGUAGAAAUGAUCGCAACUGGGGCCAGAGCGAUGGUGGUCAGGGUGAUAGAAACAAUCGCCAUUGGGACCAACAUGAUCGUAGAGGAAAUUUCCGAAAUGACCAAGAGGGCAGGGGAAAUAACUCUAGGGGGAGAGGCAGAAAUAAUAGUUUUUCUGACGAUCAUGACAGACGAGAAAAUAAUUUUCAAGACAGGAGACGAAAUCAUCGCUCCUUUAAUGAACAUGACUUAAGAGAGAAUAAUUAUGACAGGGGAAAUAAUCAAAGGAAAGACUAUGACAGGAGGGACAACUAUCGUGAUAUACGAGAGCAGUACAGGAAGGGAGAUAAUCCAAGAGACAGGCAAGGUUAUCCACAGAAUGGCCAGAAUCAGCGAGGUGGCAUGAAUGAUGAAAAUAGACCACCUCCUGCCGAGAGAAGUUUCAGUAAAGAGGAUGGUAGUGUUGAAGGUCCCCCUCCUGACCCACAGUACAAUUUUCUGUCUGAUCGAACCCGGGACAAGCCUCGGGGUGAUCUUAAGGACAAGAAACAAGGAGAGAAAGAGAAUCGUAAUGGAGACUGGAACAACAACAACAACAACAACAAGGAGGCGUCGAGGAGACAUCCUAAGAAUUUCGGAGGAACAGAUUUUAACAGUGUCAAGGGUAAAAUGAAGGAAGUUAAAGAGAGACAGGAAAUGCAUCAGAGGUCACCUCCAAAAACAAAGAUGGAGUUGGCGAUGCAGAUGACUGGACGUGAACGUCGGCAGUACACAGAAUGGAGAAGCGAACGAGAAAAGGUGGACCAAAUGAGAGUUGAACGAGCUAAAAAUAACACAGGAGAGUGGAAACGUGCAUGGGAUGUAGAGAAGAGAGACCAACCAUCAGAUGAUGCAUUGCAUAUGGAGCCGGCUAAGAGACCAGCUGGGCGAAUAGGCAGUGGUAGAUUUGACCGCGGGGAAAGAGACGACCGUCAGCGUGGCGACGCUCCUGGUACUAUGAAAGGUGUUGACAAAGAUGAGAAAGAGAAGCCUGCUGGUGUAGGGAGGGGUCGUGGAAGAGGUCGCGGUAGGGGCCGAGGUCGGGGAAGAGCCAAGGAGAGAACUAGAACAAACUCUGACGAGGCCAGAAGGGUCGAGAACAACAACGACCUUCUAGUUAUCAAAUUCGAUAAACACUCCGGCGGGCAGCCCACCACACCUGGCGAUAAAGACGAGUUGUGGUGGGAUGAAGACUUUGAAGACAUUCCUCUCACAAGCACAGAACCAGACAGCGCUGAUGCCUACAUUGAAGAUAAUCUCAGUGACACACAUGAAGACGAGUAUCAUGACAGUCAAGAACAUGUCAGGCAUCAACUGACAGUGGCCGGCCUAGGGAGCAAGGGAACAAAAAGUCCAAGUGCAAAUCAUUCCUUGUCACCGGAAGAUGCCUUAAGGUUAAAUGUGAAUCUCCAACAAAAGAACCUGAACCCAGAUGCACCAGAGUUCACAACCUACAUCACAUUGUCACCCCUGUCACCAGAAAUGAUGAAAACUCCAGAAGGUCAUGUGAAGCCCAUCAAGCCCAAGGGGUCUAAGGGAACAUCUGAAAGUCUUCCAAGAAGAAUAGAAAAAGACUUUGAAUCAUCUAACAAAGAGCAGGAACAAAGUAAGAAUGACACUGAAGCCAAGGAAGAUAUGAAGAAAGGUGAAAAAGUGGAUACAGAUAAUGUUAAUUCUGUAGAGGACUCUAGUGAAAAGAGUCUGAUAAAACUGAUCAAAAGGAAUCAGAAAAUUCUCCAAGUGGAGAAGCAGUUUAAAAAAAGUUCUUCAGGGGAAACAACUGCUGAAGGAGAAAAGGAGGUAACUACAGAGAUAACAGAUGAGACCAAACAGCAGAUGCCAAAUCUGAACAAGAUUCAGACAGUAAAGAAGGCUCUUUCCAGGGAGGAGGUAGAAAAGGUUGCUCAGGAGUCUACAGAUAAGGUAGAGAGUAACAAUGAAGGGCCAGAAGGGGACACUAAAGUCCCAGAAGAAGACACGUUUCAUAUUGUUGAGGUCUGCAGGUAUAUACUGUCAUUUCUAACUUCUGGUGUAUUUCUAGGUGUUGACAAAGAUGAGAAAGAGAAGCCUGCUGGUGUAGGGAGGGGUCGUGGAAGAGGUCGCGGUAGGGGCCGAGGUCGGGGAAGAGCCAAGGAGAGAACUAGAACAAACUCUGACGAGGCCAGAAGGGUCGAGAACAACAACGACCUUCUAGUUAUCAAAUUCGAUAACACUCCGGGUAAAAGUGGGGAUGUAGAAGUGGAAUAUUCUGACUCGGAAACUCCUAUUAUCACAACAAGAAAGCAAGGUCAGCGACCUCAUUCCAUAGCUGGGCAGCCCACCACACCUGGCGAUAAAGACGAGUUGUGGUGGGAUGAAGACUUUGAAGACAUUCCUCUCACAAGCACAGAACCAGACAGCGCUGAUGCCUACAUUGAAGAUAUUCUCAGUGACACACAUGAAGACGAGUAUCAUGACAGUCAAGAACAUGGUGAAUUUAUAGAAGAUGGUCAGUUUGAGGAUAUAGAUGGUUACCAUGGUCACCCAAAGGGUAGGUCAGAGCAGAUCAGUCAAGGGGACACUGAUGAAUGGGAGGAUUGUGAAACAGAGGAAUUCUGGGGUAGUCAGGCAUCAACUGACAGUGCCGGCCUAGGGAGCAAGGGAACAAAAAGUCCAAGUGCAAAUCAUUCCUUGUCACCGGAAGAUGCCUUAAGGUUAAAUGUGAAUCUCCAACAAAAGAACCUGAACCCAGAUGCACCAGAGUUCACACCUACAUCACCAUUGUCACCCCUGUCACCAGAAAUGAUGAAAACUCCAGAAGGUCAUGUGAAGGUUGGCAAUUGGGCAGAAGAAAUGAAAACGCCAACAAGUGGAGAAAAGAAUGUAUCGUUUAAGUCUGCAAGUCCUGUCUCAAAUGAAAAUAGCCCAUCAAGCCCCAAGGGGUCUAAGGGAACAUCUGAAAGUCUUCCAAGAAGAAUAGAAAAAGACUUUGAAUCAUCUAACAAAGAGCAGGAACAAAGUAAGAAUGACACUGAAGCCAAGGAAGAUAUGAAGAAAGGUGAAAAAGUGGAUACAGAUAAUGUUAAUUCUGUAGAGGACUCUAGUGAAAAAGAGUCUGAUAAAACUGAUCAAAAGGAAUCAGAAAAUUCUCCAAGUGGAGAAGCAGUUGAAAAAGUGGAGAGCAGUUCAGGGGAGACUACUGAGGAAAAGAGUUCUUCAGGGGAAACAACUGCUGAAGGAGAAAAGGAGGUAACUGCAGAGAAUACAGAUGAGACCAAACAGCAGAUGGCCAAAUCUGAACAAGAUUCAGACAGUAAAGAAGGCUCUUCCAGGGAGGAGGUAGAAAAGGUUGCUCAGGAGUCUACAGAUAAGGUAGAGAGUAACAAUGAAGGGCCAGAAGGGGACACUAAAGUCCCAGAAGAAGGGGCAAAGGAGUUGGCGGACCAGGAGUCCAGCUAAAAUCAUCAUACUAAUAGCAUCAUUGUCAUCUUCAUUUGCAAGACCUGAUGCUUUUUAAAGAGAAAUUUUUUCGACAUACUUGAACAAGAUGGAUGAAGAAAAGGAUUAAAUGGUUAUAAAAUGUCAUCAGAUGACUUUGAAUGUGGUUGUUUUUUGUUAAAAACAUCAAAACAGAAUUAUUAGAUAUAGUUCACAAUGCUUUUUUAUCUGUAUGACUUUCAAAGCUUAAUUUUGAUUAGUGCUGAAUUUGUACAAUUAUAUCUGUAUUGUAGACACGUUUCAUAUUGUUGAGGUGAAAUUAUUUGUUAAGUAUUAAAAUUUUGAAAAAUACUUAAGAUUAUACUGUAAUCUGUAACUAAAUACAUACAUGUAUUUUGUAGCGGUAUAUCACCAAAUUUUUAAUUGUUUCACAUAGUUAAUGAGAUAGAUUGUAUUUCAAACAUAAAUAUUAUUUCAACUUAUGACAUACAGAUUUUGAAUUUUGUGCUUCUUUUUUGGCUUGCAAAAAAUCGAGUAAGUGUGCGAAAAGCAAAAAAAUAUGUGUGUGAUCAAGUCUUUAUAAACAUAUUUUGUUAUAAGAAGGGCAAUUUAACUUAACAAAACUAACUGAAAAUUUGAUUUCAUUAACAAGAGGUCUUCUUUUUUUUUGUGUUUUUUCCUUCUAACAGUUUGAGUUUCACAAAGAAUCAUCUACCCAUUUCAUUUAUUCAUAAGAUUUAAUCCAGUAUUAUUUUGUUUUUAACACAAGAAACAAUUUUAUGACUGCACUUUCAUUAGAUGUAGAAAAAGUAUUACCUCACUGUACCAUGUAUUACUAUCAUUAAUUGGUUGUGUUUUAUAUGUGUACUUUUAAAAGAAUAAUAAAUGUUCAAUUCAGUUUUGCCGGUACCCUCAUUUGAACUUAAGAGCAAAAAGAAUAAUAAAUGUUCAAUUCAGUUAUGACGGUACCCUCAUUUGAUUUUAAGAGC